UCUAGGCGAGGAUGUGGAGUUAGUGGCCAGGCUGUCUACCCCUGAUUUGGAGUUGCUGCCCGUGCCGACAAGAAUGUCCUGCUGUGCUGAGGGUCUGACAUGCAUGCUCGUAUUUGCAAUAUUUGCAGCCGUCCUAGGAAUGUUCCAGUUUGGUUAUAAUACAGGUGUCAUCAAUGCUCCGCAAAAAAUUAUUCAGAAAUUUAUAGCUGAUGUUUAUAAAGCCCGAACAGGUUCGGAUAUCUCCGACGAUUUUAGGGAUUUGUUGUGGUCCUUGAUCGUAUCUGUGUUUGCUAUAGGAGGAAUGAUAGGCGGAAUGAUUGGAGGCUCUAUAGCCAAUAAGUUUGGAAGGAAAGGAGGCUUACUUGUGAAUAAUGGAUUUGGAAUUAUCGGAGCUGCCUUAAUGGGAUCCAGCAAGAUUUCCCAAAGCAUAGAAAUUCUGAUUGUUGGCAGACUGAUCAUUGGAAUGAACUGCGGUGUUAACACCGCCUUGGUGCCAAUGUAUUUAUCGGAAAUAUCUCCUCUAAACUUACGAGGAGGACUUGGCACGGUAAACCAGUUGGGAAUCACUAUCGGCCUCCUGUUGUCGCAAGUGCUAGGCAUACAAGCAAUUCUUGGAACCGAAAGAGGAUGGCCGUUCCUUUUAGGGAUCACAGUGAUUCCAGCAGUUUUACAGCUUCUUCUUCUUCCUCUAUGUCCUGAGAGUCCUAGAUAUUUGCUCAUUUCAAAGCAGCAGGAAUCUCUCGCAAGGGAGGCCCUGCAAAAACUCAGGUGCUCAAGUCUAGUUGAGGAAGAUAUAGAAGAAAUGAAAGCAGAAGAUAGAGCUCAACAACAUGAACCAGAGACGGCGUUCACAGAAGAAUUCCGUAUACAGCCACCUCCUAUACAGAUUACUAUGUGGAAACUGCUUAAGAAUAGAUCCCUCCAUCUUCCAUUAGUGAUAGGUGUUGUUAUGCAACUCACUCAACAACUCUCAGGCAUAAAUGCAGUACUAUACUACUCCACUGGUCUUUUUGAGGGUGCUGGACUCCCAGAAAACGCUGCCAAAUACGCAACCAUUGGUGUGGGAUUAGUAAUGGUCGUCAUGACUCUGGUCUCUAUUCCGUUAAUGGAUCGUAAAGGUCGACGAACGCUUCAGUUGUAUGGUCUUGGUGGCAUGUUUAUAUUUAGUAUCUUUGUCACAAUCACGAUGCUUGUAAAGUUCCUUUAUUAUUGGGUCUCAUACCUCAGUGUUGUAGCCACGCUCUUCUUUGUUGUGUUUUACGCAAUUGGCCCAGGUCCAAUCCCGUGGAUGAUAACAGCAGAGUUGUUUUCUCAAGGACCACGCCCAGCAGCAAUGAGUAUAGCUGUUACUGUUAACUGGUUCGCCAACUUUGUUGUUGGAUUAGUAUUUCCUCAAAUGCAGAGAAUUUUUGAAAAUUACACCUUUCUGGCUUUCACAAUGUUCUUAGCUGGCUUCUGGACGUUCACUUAUAAGAAAAUUCCAGAAACAAAGAAUAAAACCUUCGAAGAAAUUUCAGCUCUGUUCAGGAGAGAUGAAGAUACGAUUAAUGUAAAUGGAAUGACGCUGAUGAGGAAUUCUUUGCAGCCAACUGAUUUACUGUACGAAGAGAAACCUGUAGAACAAUGUGAAUUUCAUCAUCGACAUCAUUGUCGCUUACGAAAUACACCAGGAGGCCCUAUUCAAGUAACGCCAAACCAUGUGGAAGAUGCUCUAUGACGGAAAAUAUGUUAACGUUACCUCGUCCUAUCUGCGGACACUGUUAUUGCAAACUCAGGCCUUUAUCGAAAGGUAUAUUUAGAUGCUCUCCUCAACAAGGUGUAAAAAGCACACUACGAUGGCUAUAACUUCAAAUUCUAAUCUAGCCCUUUCGCCGGCCAAGGCUGCUGUUCACGACUCAACCUGUCUCUCGGCUCUCUCGUGUGCGAGUCUUUUAGUUCUCUGACCUAUGGAAACAACUCUACUGAAGCUUGUCAGAAGCAGAAUAUUCGAAGUUUUUUAGGAGUCAUCAUCUCUGACAUUAGAGGCUCUUUCUAGCGAUCCUGUACAGAAACAUCUAAUUCUUUUACACGAAUAUAUAAAUAAAUAUAUAAAUAAAUAAAUAUAUGUAUCGAUAUACAUAUUUAUGACCCUUCAGAAGUUUUUAAUUGACGGUGCCUUCCUCUUCAUUCUCCUAGAUGAUUCGCAGAGCAAACAGUCAACGCGAGUCUCCCGUAGCAUCGGUAAGAACUAUGAUUUGUGUGUUAAAGCAUUUUUCCUGUAUCAAGCUACCAAAAUGAAAAAGAGUGUAAGAAAACAUGAGAAGAAGCUAAGGUCAUUUUCUGGUUUAAGUCACUGCUGAAACGCGUUGCUGCUUUUUUCAGUUGAUUUCUGUACCAGGGUCUCAAUUGUACCCGAGAACUUUUCGUCUAUAACUAGAUUACUUAAUUAGAUCAUCUUAAUAUCUCUUCAACUGCUACAGGACGUGGAAACUUGAAAACAGAUGACUAAGAACAAAUAAAACUAAAUAUAGGAUUGCCUACUUGGCAUCAGCUUCAUGAGCUCUCAAGCCAGAAAGCAUCAAUGUAAGACAAGAAAAAGAAUAGACUUCACACAUUUUAAUGUUUUAAACAUCUUUUUGUCCAUAGUUUAUUUUUAAUCGCCUGUUUUUCACAUAGAAGUAAACGACACUUAUUAUUUCUUCCCUUUAGUCUCAUGGAUGAAAUCCAGAGUAUUUGCAUUUUGCCUUGUACAAUAGAAUUUUACAACCAACCCCUGUAAACGUCGUUAAAAACAAAGAAACGCAUUGGCCGACGUUAGAACCAACUCUAGCGAUAGAUUAUAAUGAAACGUUAUAUGUACUAGAUAACGCGUCACUCUUGUACCAACAUGGGCGGUUAUCUAGUGCAAUAUGUUGUAAUUCAAUGAACAAAAUAUGUUGUUAAUUGUUUGAGUAUAAAAUUUAUAGAAAAUUUUAAGAUAUAUAUAUUUCGUGUCAGAUGCUUUAAUGCGGUUCUGGCAUGUCCGUUCGAAAUUUUACUAUGAGCAAAAUUCCAUGCAAUGUUGCAAUGUGUUCGUGUUAAAAUUUCAUGAUAAAAAUAACCAGCAUGAGAGAGUCUGUAUGCGUACUAAAGUUUAGUCCAAUAAACUUUGGAAAUUUUGUAGUAAAUAAAGAAAAAUUUC